CGCCCCGACGUUCCAGGGGACAGAUAUAUCGCGAGCGUCCUAGUGCGAGGAUCGGUAUUUAGUACUCUAACGUUUUUUAAUUGAGAGAGGUACCUGUUACAAUAUUUCCUGAAAAAGAAGUAUCAUGGCCUUUCAAUUAGAGGAUGCACAGAUCAGCCCGGAAACCCGUGCGAUUGCGGAAAAAGAACUUAGGGAGACACCGGAAAACGUGAAGAAUGGAAUUGAAGCUUUGAGAAAACUUAUAGAAGAGGACCCGAGCAUCUACUACAGGACCAAUGAUGAAUUCUUGAUCAUCUUCCUUAGACCCUGCAAGUUUUAUGCACAGAGUGCAUAUGAGUUGCUGAAGAGGAUUGCUGAAUUCAAAGAGAAAAAUGCUGCACUCAUUGACAAUUUAAUGCCUUCUGAUGAGAAACAGUCCCUUCUGGAGAACAACGUUGUCAACGUCCUCAAGAAUAGGGAUCAUAAGGGACGAAGGGUUCUUAUUGUGAAUGUUGGAAAAACAUGGGAUCCUUCAAAAGUCACGUGCGAUCAGUUGUUCAGAGUUUUUUAUUUGAUUCACGAAUUGGCUAUGCUAGAGCCUGAAUCUCAAGUACGUGGAGUCGUAGUAAUAAUGGAUUUUGAUGGUUUAUCAAUGAAACAAGUUAUGGGUUUGACGCCAUCAUUCAGUAUGCGACUUUUGAGUUUCAUUCAAGACGCCAUGCCACUUCGGCUUAAGGAGGUUCACAUUGUAAAGCAGCCGUUUAUUUUCAACAUGGUAUGGACCAUGUUCAAACCGUUCAUUAGGGACAAACUAAAGAGUCGCAUGUUCUUCCACGGAACGAAAAUGUCAUCCCUACACAACUACAUGGCACCAAGUCAUUUACCAAAGAACUACGGGGGUGAAUUGCCUGAGAUUGAUUAUCGCGGUGCUGAUUGGUAUCCGACAUUGAUCAACUGCGAGGACAAAAUAAGAGAAUGGAACACAUACGGGCUCCGGAAAAACUGAAGAGACUGAUUAUUAGAAUUGUACUUUUUUGUAUCUAUGUAUGUAAACACUGUUAAAUUUAAACAAAAUUGUUGGAAACAAAAUCAGAUUAAUUAGACUUAAAUAUAUUAAUUAGAAUUA